CACACACAAACACACACACACACACACACACACACAGAAUUUAGAGCAAAGGACUUUGGGCUUCCUUCUCUCUGCAGAAAACUCCAAACUGUCCACGGAGCAGCAUCACCAGGAACACACCUCCACCAUGUCCCUCCUCACCCACCUGUUGGCCUGUCUCUUCGGGAUGGGCUCCUGGGUCUCCAUCAACGGCCUGUGGGUGGAGCUGCCCCUCGUCGUCCCCCAGAUCCCCGAGGCCUGGUUCCUGCCCUCGUACCUCUCCGUCCUCAUCCAGAUGGCCAACGUCGGGCCCCUCUUCGUCACCCUGAUGCACCGCUUCCGGCCCGGCGCCCUGAACGAAGCGGCCGUCAUAUACGCGAUCGUCGGCCUGGGCACCGCCGCCAGCUUCCUGCUGGCGUUCUUCUGGAGGGAGACCGCGGUGGUGGCGGGCGCGCCGCGCAGCGUGGCCCUGCUGGUCCUGACUUUCUUCCUGGCCACCGUCGACUGCACGUCCUCCGUCACCUUCCUCCCCUUCAUGAUGCGCCUCAAGCCUCAGUACCUGACCACGUACUACAUCGGCGAGGGCUUGAGCGGCCUGCUGCCCGCCCUGGUGGCUCUGGUCCAGGGAGCCGGAGUGGUCCACUGCGUCAACAGCACCGGCUCUUUGAACCACACCCGUAACUCCUCCGAGAGCUCCGCGACCUUUGACCUGCGGGCCGAGUAUCAGCCGGCCAACUUCUCCGUCGAAGUGUUUUUCUUCUUCCUGAGCGCCAUGAUGCUGGUGUGCCUGGUGGCCUUUCUGUUGCUGAACUACCACCCGUCCGUGGCCCGGCAGCGGCCCAGCGGUCGCUCCGCCAACGGGGUGAAGCAGAAGUGCGCGAGGGAGAGGAAACGGGCGGAGCAGAAGCCCAUGAUGGAUCCGUACAGACCUGCGAGCCGGAGGCCCAGGAGCAGCUUCGGAACCGGCUCGUACAGCUGGACACAGGUGUUCUACAUCUUUGUGGUCCUGGCCUGGACCAACGCUCUGACCAACGUGGUGCUUCCCUCGGUGCAGUCCUACUCGUGCCUGCCGUACGGGAACAGCGCCUAUCACUUAUCAGCCACCAUGGCUGCUGUGGCGAACCCUCUCGCCUGCUUCAUCGCCAUGUUCUUCCCCAUAAGGUCCCUGGUGCUGAUGGGGGCCCUCACGCUGCUGGGCAGCGCGGCGGGCGCCUACAUAAUGAGCAUGGCCGCGCUGAGUCCCUGUCCGCUGCUCGUGCAUCAGACCUCCGGCGCCGCCGUCAUCGUGCUGGCAUGGGUGCUGUUUGUUCUCGCUCUGUCCUACGUGAAGGUGAUCAUCGGGCUGAUCCUGCGCGACGAGGGCCACGGCGCCCUCGUGUGGUGCGGCGCGGUGGUGCAGCUGGGCUCCCUGCUGGGAGCCGUGACCAUGUUCCCCGUGGUCAGCGUGUACAGCUUCUUCUCCUCCGGGGACCCGUGCAACACCAGAUGUCAAUGAGGACUCGACACGCGCCGUUCGACUCCGAGACGGAGACGGUUGAAUGAUAAGCUCUUUCCACCAUGAUUUGUUUUUGUUUUCCUUUACUCUGAGCGUGCCAUUUGUUGACAGCAGAUCUAUUUAGAUCUAUAAGGAGUGGUGCUUCAGACAGGAUGAACACUCUUCAUGCUGGUAUUUGCACAUUGUGAAAAUACACCACUCACAUUCAAAAAAUGUUUUACCUUCACAUUUUAUAAAAAACAGCCCACAAGAUACAAAUAUUCAGUCAAAUCGGCAGUCCUCUCAAUUUGCAUAAUAUUUUCAGAUGAAAUUUCCAUUCUCCAUUAUUCAUUCUCUGAUUUUCAUUUUGACAUUAGACCUCAUCAUUCUCUAUUCAAAAUACGAUUGUUCUGGCUGAAUGUCCAUUUUGCAUUUUAACAGAUUGAACUGAAUGAUGGUGAAGACAGACUUUGCAUACAGGUCAAUGUAGCUUCUGUCACAGUUAAAGAUGGAUAUGUUGUUAGGCGUUGCCCCAUUUGUUAUUCAUACUAGCAGAAGAUGAUUAAAAGAAAAGUCACCCGGCUUUCUUUUCUCAAUAUAAAAGUGCAAAUCUAUUGCCUCCACAGGGUUGUCAACAUGGCAACGGCUAGCAGCUAAAGAUGCAGACAACAGCAACGAUGCUGCUGAGGGGGCGUAGAGGGGGGGGGGCUUCCCUGCUGCUGCUAUAAGCUCUAACGCCCUCAUGAUGGUGAUGCAAGGAAAUAUUUCUUCAUAUAUGUCUGAGAAAAAUAUUGAGAAGAAUGUUACCCGACACUAUAAAAUCGUUAAACAGGACGUUUAUUAAUGAUAGUUGCAAGCAGGUGACAGAAUGACACACGCACACAAAUCAAAGGUCUUCCUCCCAGUGUCCGAAUGAUGUACAGUGGAGAUAACACACACUGAAACAGGGAGGUCUGGACAAGAUCUUCAAACAGCAGAGAGUUAAUCAUGUGUGAGUGAGGGUCACUUUGUUUUGCACUAAGAACAUAAAACCUAGAGAUUAGUUGGACACUGAAAACAAAUCCUCUCGACUCUCAGUUCACACACAACACGAUAUAUCUCUGAGAGCGAGCAGCGUCGACUAAAGAAAACAUUGAUCAGGUUUUUCCAACAAUAUUCAUCCUUUCUAUACUCCUUUAUUGUCCUUUAUUAAAACAUAUUGUGCUGCACUUCUUGUAUUAAAGGCUUGAAUACAAUUCA